ACAGGUUCACAGCGCAGUACCAAAAGGUACAACCUCCUGCUCUCGUCUUCGGAUGGCAGGCUGCCGCGCACACAAUGAAGUAGAAGCGGAGAAGUUGACAUGUGAAAUAGUUGAGCUUGAGAAUUCGAUCGCACACCUGACGCGAUCGAAUGAGGAGCUAGCUAUGGCCCUGGCCUCCGACCCUGACGACAAAGACUUUCGAGAAGCUGUAACGGAGAAUGUUUCGGUCAUACAAAGGAAGAAGAAACUCCUUGAGGAGCUUAAAAAAGAGUUGAAAGCUCAUAGAAGUCUGAUGGUCACGGCCUUGGGCGCCGCUGAGGCCAGGCAACUGCCUGCUGCCAUUGCCCUGGAGACUCAAAGACCGUCGACCUCUACUGGGGCAAUACUCUCUUUACCGGCUGAAAGAAUGAAUCCGAACGAAGGGCAGGCAGUUGAGGAAGAGGAAAAGUUUGAAGGAGUUUAUCUUUGAUAGUUCGCUGUGCAUAUACACA